GAGACGCACCUGUCUGUUGAACAUUUCUUCAUACCUCGUACUCAGUGUCGUGUCAGCCUCUGUCUCUGAGUAGUGCAGUUUGGGGCGUCAGAGAAAAUCUCAGAGUCCUAAGCUAUGUCCACGUCUGCGAGUUCAUCCGGUAAAGCGGCAUGGCGAGAACCGACAAAGGAGGACAAACCGCCCAAGGAUGCGGAUCUGCCGGAAGCAUGGGCGUUUCUCAAAGUCGGCGUUGAGCACAUCAUGACGAGAUUACACCUCGGCAUGUCCUACUCCUACUACAUUCUCCUCUAUACAGCCAUAUACGACUUCUGUACCGCCAGUAGACCUACUGCAGGACACGGUGCCACAAGGGGAGGUGCAAGUCUGCAAGGAUCAGAGCUGUACAAGAGUCUGCACGUUUUCCUCUCAAAUCAUUGCAAGCGAUUACGCGAGGAGUCAGAUACCUUGUCAGAUCAUGAGCUGCUCAAAUUCUACGCGAAAGAAUGGGACCGAUACACGACCGGAGCGACGUAUGUGAACAAGCUGUUCAACUACUUGAACAAGCAUUGGGUCAAGAGAGAAAAGGAGGAGGGCAGAAAAGAGGUCUACACGGUGUACACGCUAGCCUUGGUCGCGUGGAAAAACAAUUUUUUCAACCAUUUCGCCAACCAAGGAGGGGUCAGCAGGUUGACCCAGGCGAUCUUGCGGCAGAUUGAGCAUCAGAGGAACGGAGAGGUCGUUGACUCGGGACUGCUGAAGCAGGUCAUUGAGAGUUAUGUAUCACUUGGUAUCGAUCAGGGCGAUUACCAGCGAGCGAACUUGGACGUCUACAAGGAGCACUUCCAGACGCCCUUCCUUGCGGCGACGAGGCAAUACUACAAGAACGAAUCGAGCCUCUACGUCGUCGCCAAUUCCGUCUCAGACUACAUGAAGAAGGCAGAGGAUAGGCUGGACGAAGAGGCUCAGCGUGUGACGUUGUACCUGAACGACAGUACGAGGAAAGAUCUCAAGGAGACUUGUGAGAGGGUUCUGGUAUCGGAUCACGCGGAGCUUCUGUGGGAUGAGUUCCAGGCUUUAUUAGAUGCAGAUAGGUUGAAAGAUCUCACCAGGAUGUACGCUCUCUUGUCUCGUAUACCAACAGGCUUGGAGCCGCUCCGGAGGCAGUUCGAAGAGCAUGUCAAACGGGCGGGUCUCGCUGCUGUGCAACGGGUGCUCCCAGCUGCCGGAGCAGUCAAUGAGGCUGGCAAAGCAGAGGUCCUGGAUCCGAAAUCGUAUAUCGAGGCUCUACUUGAAGUGCAUGGCAAAUUUGGAGAGGUCGUGGAUGGACCUUUCCGCGCCGAGCUUGGUUUCAACGCCAGCCUGGACAAAGCUUGUCGGGACUUCUGCAAUACCAAUGCCGCCUGCACCUCGCCUACCAAAUCACCGGAACUCUUGGCUUCAUACUGCGAUCAAAUGCUACGAAAAAGCAACAAGGAUCUUGACGGAGAAUCCGUGGAAAACGCUCUCAACCAAGCUAUGAUUAUUUUCCGCUAUAUUGACGACAAGGACGUCUUCCAGAAGUUCUACCAGAAAAAACUGGCCCUUCGUCUCAUUGGCCAGCUCUCAGCCUCGGACGACAGCGAAUCGAGCAUGAUCACCAAAUUGAAGGAGUUAUCCGGUUUCGAGUACACCAACAAGCUCACUCGAAUGUUCACAGAUAUGAACCUUAGCCGCGACUUGACCGAAAAGUUCAAGGAAAAGGAGAGAAACAGGGCUGCAUCGAGCGACAUCGACUUCACCGCUAUGAUUCUCGGCGCCAACUUCUGGCCGAUUGUUCCUGCUCCGACGAACUACGCUGUGCCCCGGGAGAUUCAGAGUACAUACGAUGCGUUCACCAAGUAUCAUAGUGAGGUACAUUCUGGACGAAAACUCACAUGGCUGUGGCAUGUCAUGAAAGCCGAGCUGCGCACUACCUAUUUGCCACAAAAGUACAUCUUUAUGACCAACGCGUACCAGAUGGCCAUCCUGUGUCAAUUCAACGAGAACGACUCGCUAUCACUGCAGGACCUCUUAUCGGGAACUCAGUUGCAAGAGAGCGUUCUCAACGCUCAAUUGGGACUCUUAGUCAAGGCCAAAAUCUUGCUGCAGGAUGGAAACAAUUACGAUCUGAACCUGAACUUCAAAUCCAAGAAGCUAAAGGUCAACUUGAACCAGCCCGUCAAAUCAGAGCAAAAGGCAGAGGCUACUGAAGUCCUCGCAGCGGUUGACGAAGACCGGAAAUUCGUCUACCAAGCUACGAUCGUCCGUUUGAUGAAGGCAAGAAAGACUAUGAAACAUCAGGCUUUGAUACAAGAAGUCACCGCUCAAAUCUCGACCAAGUUCACGCCGAAAGUCUCAGAGAUCAAAAAGGCCAUCGAUCUCCUGCUUGACAAGGAGUACCUAGAGAGAGACGAAGGUCAAAAAGAUAGCUAUUCGUACCUUGCUUGAGAGGGCUCUUUGGGAGAUCGAGUCGAAGAUUCAGUCUGCAAUCAGAGGGUAGAUUGUCGGGGCUUGAAAGGUCUGUAUUGCUUUUACGAUACGUCAGGAUGAGUCACACUCGUUGUAUAUAGUAACUAUGCAUCACAUGUAUUGUGUAGAGUCCUGAGAAGGGCGGCCUUGAGACUUGUUCAAGGGCCUGAUAAAGGAAUGACGGGG